AUGGCGUACGACGAAUCUGCAGCUACCAUGAAGAGACAAAAUGUUAGAACUUUAUCCUUAGUCGUCUGUACUUUUACUUAUUUAUUAAUUGGAGCUGCCGUUUUUGAUGCACUUGAAUCUGACACUGAACGCAAACGUUGGGAAUUUUUGUCAGGUUAUGGCCAUUCGACUCCAGUAACAGUUUGGGGAAAAGCAUUUUGCAUGGCGUAUGCUAUGGUUGGAAUUCCUCUGGGUUUAGUAAUGUUCCAGAGUAUUGGUGAACGUCUGAAUAAAUUUGCUUCAGUCAUUAUCAGAAGAGCUAAGAAGUAUAUGAAUUGUAACAGAACAGAAGCUACAGAAAUGAAUUUGAUGCUUGCUACUGGGAUGUUAUCAAGUAUUAUUAUAACAACAGGUGCUGCUGUUUUUUCAAAAUAUGAAGGAUGGAAUUAUUUUGAUAGCUUCUAUUACUGCUUUGUUACUUUAACGACGAUCGGAUUUGGUGAUUAUGUUGCACUACAGAACGAUCAAGCUUUAUCAACAAAACCAGGAUACGUUGCUUUAAGUUUGGUAUUUAUUCUAUUUGGAUUAGCAGUUGUAGCUGCGAGUAUUAAUUUGCUAGUUUUGCGAUUUAUGACAAUGAAUGCUGAAGACGUUCGUCGAGACGACAGUGAAUUACAAGCAGCGUCGCACCACGUACUGACACUCGAUGGUGAAGUUGUUGCAGUAAAUGGUAAAAUCUUAGCUGGUCAUAUUCCGAUUCAUGACACAGAUGAUUGUGUGAGUGUUUGCUCGUGUACGUGUCUUGGUACAACAAAUACAGAGCUAUUUGACUCAUCGGGUUAUCAAGGCUAUCGGCCACCCUCAAGUACUGCAAGCCUUCGCAUUAAACGUGCAUCUGUUUGA